AUGAUGUUGAAGGUGAACUGGUAUGGUUAUCAGAUGUUGAACAAGAAGUUAAUGAUAAAGAAACUAAUUAUUUAUCUGAUGGUGAAAACCCAGAUAAUUUUGGGAAAAGUUUUGAUAAACUUGCUGAUCAAGUUUUUUAUGAUAGUAAAUAG